UCUUUCACUGUGAAAUCUUCUUCACAGCUGUACCAGCAAACAUCGCAGACCUGAGAAACAUAGAAGUGCUCAACUUCUUCAACAACCAGAUUGAGGAGCUGCCUACGCAGAUUAGCAGCCUUCAGAAGCUCAAACACCUUAAUCUUGGCAUGAACAGGUUAAAUACCUUACCAAGAGGAUUCGGAUCUUUACCAGCUCUGGAGGUUCUUGACUUGACUUACAACAACUUAAAUGAGAAUUCUCUACCUGGAAACUUCUUCUAUCUGACCACCCUGCGUGCACUCUAUCUAAGUGACAACGAUUUUGAAAUCCUGCCGCCAGAUAUUGGGAAGCUCACGAAGUUGCAGAUACUGAGUCUUAGAGACAAUGACUUGAUAUCACUGCCUAAAGAAAUUGGUGAGCUCACUCAGCUUAAGGAACUUCAUAUCCAGGGAAAUCGACUAACUGUGCUGCCCCCAGAACUGGGUAAUUUGGAUUUGACGGGACAAAAGCAAGUCUUCAAAGCAGAAAAUAAUCCUUGGGUUACCCCUAUUGCUGACCAGUUCCAGCUUGGAGUAUCUCAUGUUUUUGAAUAUAUUCGUUCAGAAACAUAUAAAUAG